AUAUCUCUCUUCUCUCUCUCUCUAAAACCCAAAACACAUAACUAACAGAGAGAGAUUAGAUACAAGCAACGACAAUGGCCACACCAGUGAGAAAGCCUCGCCGCGACACCGCUGACAUGCUGACGUGGCAAGAGGUCCCCCGCUCCGACUCUCCCGCCACCGCCUCCUCCGCUCACCGCUCUCACCAGCCGUCGGAUGGGAUCAGCAAGGUGCUCCACGGCGGUCAGAUCACCGAGGAAGAAGCUCAGAGCCUGAACAAAAAGAAGCAUUGCUCCGGGUACAAAAUGAAGGAGAUAUCCGGAAGCGGGAUAUUCGCGGCUGGCGAAGGCAAUGCGGAGCCGGAGCCGGGUCGGGUUUACCAGCAGGCGGUGAAAGGGAUCAGUCAAAUCUCGUUCAGCGUUGACGAGCACCUGAGCCCGAAGAAGCCGACGAGUGUUCCGGAGGUGGCGAAGCAGAAGGAGCUGAGUGGGACUUUGCAGUCGGAAUUGGAUUCCAAGACUCAGAAGGGGAUUUCAAAUGCCAAGACCAAGGAGCUUAGUGGAAAUGACAUCUUUGGCCCUCCCCCGGAGAUUGUUCCCCGAUCGGUCAAUGCUGUUCACACCCACGAGUAUAAGCAGAGUAAAGAUUCCGGGGAGCCGGCGCCCAGAAAUCUUCGCACCUCUGUCAAAGUUUCCAAUCCGGCUGGAGGUCAGAGUAAAAUCUUGUUCACUGAGGACCCUGUUGUCAAGACUUCCAAGAAACUUCAUAACCAGAAGUUUGCAGAGCUGACAGGCAAUGACAUAUUUAAGGGAGAUGUUUCUCCGGGAUCUGCUGAAAAGCCACUAAGCACGGCUAAGCUGAGAGAAAUGAGUGGCAGCAACAUCUUUGCUGAUGGGAAGGCGGCAUCAAGAGACUAUCUAGGUGGUGUUCGCAAGCCACCUGGUGGCGAGAGCAGCAUAUCAUUGGUUUAAGUCGUCAUAAUUUCUAACUAGUUACUUUCCUUUAUUUCAAAUAAAGUGUAUCUCAGUGUGAACUCUGUUUUGACAUGUAAAACCCCUGCAUGCCCUUGUGAUGAUCAGCAUCGUGAGUUUUGAAGCGGUAGUAGUGAUAUAUUUAUAGAUUAGUAGUGCGAAACUUGUAGUCAGAAAAGCAUGAGGUUUGGCUAAUUGGGUUAUUACAAGUUUCUUUGUAUCAGUUUCAACUAUGUGUUUACUAAUUACUUGUUCAUGGACCAAUUUCUUUAUAAAUUAGAUUUAUAAUUUAUGCCAGCAA